CUUACAUGACGUAGACUUUAGGAAAUUUAGAAAAAAUUUAUAUUUGUAAAGCUUGUGUUUGUAAAGAUAAAAAAAUUGACUGUGUACACAAUAUAGAGUCAAUGUGAGCAAGCAAAUGAUUUACGAACAAUACAAUGUGGCCACAUGAAAGUAACCAGUGCGAUGCUUGAAACCGCUUUCCGUUACAGUCGGUCGGUCAAACUAAUAAUUACCUGCGUGUUUGGUCCUAGCCCGCAAAAGUCAGCCAACUGUGAAAGAGAUUCGCACGACAUUCAUGUUGAUGCUCCGAGAUGUGGUUUUUGUAUAUAUUUAAGCCACUAUUUAGUCGAAUCACUUAAGCAACGUUGUGUUGGAAAGUAUUCAAAUGAGCAAGAAAACUUAACACUAGUUCUAGGCUUCCAACAUCUGUUUUUUCUUUUAAAUGCAGAGUAUUCAGAUUGAAGACUCCAAAAGUAAUAUUCUGUGUCGAAACUGGCUGCGUAAGAUCAUUUUGAUAAGGUGAUCCCAACGCUGAAGAUAAUGUUGAACAUUUUGCUAGAAGUUAUCAUUUUUUUAACUCAUGGAUGACGCCCUGGCCAUAUUGCUUUGUAGUUCGAUCAAUUAAGCUCCGGCUGGCACAAUGAAAGUCUCUCUUGAACCAUGUCAUCCUAUUCCUUAUUACACAUCGAAAGGUGUUGUCUAAGUAAUGACUUCAAUGCCGAUUCUCUCCCUCCUAAACCACCUAAAGUAUCAACGUUGCUGUUGCCAACUCAAUUGCAGGUUCUUUUCCUAACGCUGCUUUCUCUGUACGCGACCGUAACCGUUGGCGAUCAUCAUGCACCCCCGUUUAAGCCGCUGCUCCCUUCGUCCUACACCAAAUCACCCCUCAUGUAUCCGAGCUUCGUGCCCAAGCAUGGCGUCGGACUGAAACCCUACAUGACGCAGUUCCGUGCAGGCACGCGUCUAGCACCAGUAGCGUUACGGCCAGCUCCAUCAAUGAUUAUGAGUUUGAAAAGACCCAUCAAAUCCAUUCUAAGCCACCCCUCGCUUAUGAAGCAACCGCUACUGAAACGUCCCCCGCCAUCGCUAGCAUUUGCUGCGGCCAGCAUUAAGCACCACAAAUUCCACAGUUCACCACCAGGACCGAGCACGGGCGAGAUUGUGUUCGAGAAGCUGAAACCGAUCACCCCGAAGCUGACUUCUCACAAGGAUGGAGCGAUCCAUACGAUCCCCGCUCCGAACCUGGGACUCACGAAACCUCCGAAAGCUCCGAACCAGAUACGAGUGACAUCGUACGAGGAUAGCAACAAGCUGGAGAUUGAGGUGAAAGCAACCAAGCCAACGUUCACGCCAAAGCCCGCAUUUUUGAACCUCAGUCCAACGCCCGCUCCGGUUGCUGGAGUCUACAGCCAUCAUGCAAUCGGCAAUCCGCAUCAAUAUCAGGUGACUGAGGAACACUCGAACGACGUGACUAUUGGAGAUUUGUACUCGGGCAAGAAAACUUACUUCGCACCGGAUCCGGACCCAUCGUUGCCAAGCAAAACGCUUGUACCGACGUCCGAUCCGCUUAGCCUACCGAGCAAUGGGAAGUUUGCCCCAGCCAGCGUACUGGUGCAAUCACCCGUAGGUCACUACCCGGUGCAACCGCAAACCAGCGCAUCGGCCGUGAUCCAGUACGUCAACGCGGUCCCGCAGGCCAGCUACGCCAUACCGCUUGCCACCCAACCUCAGCUACAGCAGCACAUUUUGCAGCAAACGGCCAUGUUGCAGGAAAUGCCUGUUUCGCUCUAUAAUCCCACCUAUCUUGUGACCCAAUCCAACAACCUCUUCAAUACCCAUCAACAGCAGGGGGCCGUCAAUCUCUUCAAACCGGACACCAACUUCCUUGGCACGAUGCAGAACCACCACCAGCAGCAGCAGCAGCACCAACAGCACCAACAGCAGCCACAACAUCAGCAGGUUCAUCAUGUCCAAACACAAACGCAGACACCACCAGUCCCGACGACCGUACUGUUUAACUCGUACAACACGUACAAGCACAGCGAGCCGGCCGCCAGUACGGGACAGAUCCUUUCCGCUACGCAGGACCAGCUGCACGAACUGCAGUCCGUUGUCAAUCAAAUUCAGCUGAAUGACAUACACAACCACCACUCGUCCGAUAUGCCAACGUACGCGCAACUCGUAGGGCACGAGCAACCGGCCAUCCAUCAGCAGCAGCUUCCCCAACUGAACCAGCUCGAACAACAGCUCCAACAGCAGCUGAUCCAGCAACACCAGCAGGAAAAGGGUAACCCGCAGCGACCGAUGAGCGAUGCCGAGAUUGCGAGCCUGCUCAACUACGGUAUGAUUAAUCUGCACAACAAUUUAUCUCCGAGCGACUAUUACCACUAUCAGGUAGACCAACCGACGGCGGUACAGCCAUCUGGACAUCACACGUUCUACGAGCUGUCGGAACGCCAGAAGGAAAACGAUCGCAUACUGGCCCAGGCUCAGCAGGACCUGUAUCACCACCAGCAACAGCAGCAGCAGUACCAGCAGCAACAGCAACAUCAGUACCAGCAGCAGCUACAGCAUCAGCAGGAGCAAAACAACAAUGUACAACAGCAUCCGUUGCCCCAGCAGUACCAGCUGGACAGCCAUUCCGACUAUUUGCAGGCGUACCAGGAGCAUCAGCUGGCCGUUUCCAACAUUCUAGGCCUGCAGGACAAACAAUCGUCGGCUGGAGGUGCUGUACAGCAACAGCAGCAGCAGCAGCAGCAGCAACAGCAGUACCACCUGAAUCAUGCAGCCAUCGGAAGCACGAUCGAGCCGCAAGCGACCCAGAGCCCGCUAAGGAUAUACGUACCAGAUGGAGAGCACGAAUACUCCAACAAUAUAAACGCACAAAAACGAAUGGAUGAGAUCGAUUUUGAGUACGGCGAUGCGGACCAGGGCCCCGAUCAGGAUACGCAGGAGGAUAGCACCGCCGCGACAAAUGCCCAUGCGCGGAACGCUGAGCCUAUCACGCCAUCCUCGGCCGAUGGCAACACCGAUGACAACACCACCAACGCUUACUACGAUGAACGGACAGCGGAUGAUGGCAGCGAGGAUGAGAAUGCGUACUACAACAAGAAUCUAAACAACCACCGGCUCGACUGAGGAUCGAUCCAUCGCGAUGCCGCGAUGCGCAGCAAGCCAGUCUAUUAUAAUUAAACGUGACUUCCCGUAGUAAAGCAAAUCGUGCGUGUGAAAGCCGUGAUUGCACUGUACAGCUGGUUGUUGAUCAGAUCAUGGCGAGAAUGUUAGGUAGGUACGGGUACCAGCACAAAACUGUACGCCUUUAGUAUGUAGCGUCGUGUAGCAAGCAACACAUUAUUUAUUUCAUUUCCAAAUAAAGAAGAGUAAUCAUGAAAACGGGAGCAAAGAAGGGGGAAUCCAGCAGAAG